AUGCGCCCGACUUCUGCUCGCCUCUUUCAGACCCUUCGGGCUCUCCAGCAUGAGAAUCCCUUGGGUCUCCCCCGGUCCGGUACACCUCCGAACUGGCCUCGACGUCCUCAAAGACGCAACAUAGCUGGUGUUGAGAAGGUAAUUGCAGUGUCAUCCGCCAAAGGUGGUGUAGGUAAAAGCACAGUAGCAGCAAACUUGUCUCUCGCCUUUGCCCGUCUCGGCUACCGCGCCGGUAUCCUCGAUACUGACAUCUUUGGCCCGUCUAUCCCCACUCUGUUUGAUCUUUCAGGGGAGCCUAGGUUAUCUAGCAAGAACCAGUUGAUCCCUCUGACAAACUAUGGUGUCAAGACCAUGUCAAUGGGCUACCUAGUCGGCGAGAACGCCCCCGUCGUGUGGCGAGGCCCCAUGGUGAUGAAGGCAAUUCAGCAGCUCCUUCAUGAAGUUGACUGGGGUGGUCUUGAUAUCCUGGUCCUCGACCUGCCGCCAGGAACCGGAGAUACACAACUGACCAUCACACAGCAAGUCAUUCUGGAUGGUUCCGUCAUUGUCACUACACCGCACACUCUAGCAACCAAAGACGCCGUCAAAGGUAUCAACAUGUUCAAGACUGUCGACGUCAACAUUCUUGGCCUGGUGCAGAACAUGUCUCUCUUCCAGUGCCCUCAUUGCCACGGAGAGACACACAUCUUUGGGUCAAAUGCGAGGGUGGAGAAGUUGUGCCAGGAGCACCAGAUUGAUUUCCUCGGCGAUAUUCCAUUACAUCCCAACAUUGGAGACGAUGGCGAUCGAGGAAAGCCAACCGUUGUCGCUGAGCCAACAAGUGAGAGGGCAAAUGCCUUCUUGAAGAUCGCUCAGGACAUCUGUCCCAAGAUCAACCUUGGCAAUAACUAG